AUGAGAUCUUUAGCUUCGCUUUCUGCGUCGGUGCUGCUGCUACCGGUAGCUCUAGCUGUCUCUGUUAGCGAAAUCAACGGCAAUCGCUUUCUGUCCUCCUACAGUGGCGAAAUUGUCUCCAAUGUCCGUGGCCUCGUGACUGCGAAGGGAUCGAGCGGAUUCUACAUUCGUUCGACUAGCCCUGAUAAUUCCUCUCCUACGUCGGAGUCGCUGUACGUCUAUGGAUCUAGUGCAGUGUCCAAAGUCUCGGUCGGAGAUAUCGUCACGCUCGGGGGCAAGGUCUUCGAGUAUCGCUCCUCGAAGGCGUACGUUUAUCUGACCGAGCUCGCCUCUCCCUCGGACAUCACCGUCGUGUCGAGCGAUAACGAGGUUGUGCCGCUGGUGAUAGGAUCGAAGGGUCUGAGCCCUCCGACAGAGCAGUUCUCUGCCUUAGAUGGGGGAGAUAUCUUCGGCAUCCCCAACAACGCGAGUCAGAUCUCGAGCACGAACGCCAUUCUCCAGCCGACCAAGUAUGGCAUGGACUUCUGGGAAAGUCUCAGCGGCGAACUUGUCACUAUCGGCGGUCUCAAUGCCAUUACCAAGCCGAACAAAUACGGAGACACCUGGGUGAUCGGGAACUGGACGGCCACUGGGAGGAAUGAGCGCGGCGGACUGACUAUGCAGAAGAAGGACUCCAACCCCGAAGCUAUCAUCAUCGGAUCACCGCUAGACGGAACCAAGAAUCCCACUGAUACUAAAGUCGGGGACAUCAUCGAGGACAUCACAGGCAUCGUCACCCAAGCCUACGGAUACUACGCCCUUCUUCCCUUGACCAAGCUGUCCGUCACCGAGUCCAACUCGACCUCCGCCAAAGCCACUGAAUUGGUCUCCGACGGCACUUGCAGCGGCCUGACUGUCGGCAGCUACAACGUGAACAACCUCGCGCCCAACUCCACCACUCUAACCGGCAUUGCAGGCCACAUCGCCAAGGAACUGAAGAGCCCCAGUCUUGUGUUCUUGCAAGAAAUCCAAGACGAUGACGGCCCGACCAACGACGGAGUCAUCUCCGCCAACAAAACUCUCUCCACCCUCGCAGAAUCAAUCAAAUCCCAAGGCGGCAUCACCUACGACUUCAUCAACAUCGACCCUGUCGACGGCAAAGACGGCGGCCAACCAGGCGGAAACAUCCGCGUCGCGUACCUCUACGACCCCGAAGUCCUGCAACUGCGCAGUCCGAACCCCGGAACGAGCAGCCAGAACAACGAGGUUCUUUCCGGCGCCGAGCUGAAAUAUAACCCCGGUCUGAUUGACCCGAGUAAUUCGGCUUGGGAUAAUAGUCGGAAGCCGCUCACCGCGGCGUGGGAGACCCUGGAUGGGAAGAAUAAGUUCUUUACGAUUAAUGUGCAUUUUACGAGCAAGGGUGGUGGGUCGUCGAUUGAUGGGGAUGCGAGACCUCCUGUGAACGGGGGUGUUGAGAAGAGGGAGGAGCAGGCGAAGAUUGUUGCUGGGUUUAUCACCGACAUUCUCGCUGAAGACAGCAAAGCCAAGAUCAUCACCUCGGGCGACUUUAACGAAUUUGCUUUCGUUCAGCCACUGACUACGUUUACAUCGGAGUCGAAACUCCAGGAUAUCGAUGACGUCGUGAAUACCCCUGCGACGGAGAGAUAUACCUACCUGUAUGAUUCGAACUGUCAGCAGCUGGAUCAUAUGUAUAUCAGUGAGGCGUUGACGGAAGGCGCAAAGAUGGACCACAUCCAUGUUAACACAUGGGUCUCGUAUGACGAUCAGAGAUCUGACCAUGAUCCCACGGUCGCUUUGUUGAAUGUUUGUCAGGCUUAA